AUGAACGAUGACGAGUUAUAUGAAAGAUUCGUUGAAGAGUCUGCAAGACAGCAUAACGUUGAGCAACGACAAGAGACUCAACAGACUCAGGAAGAGUUACAAGAAGAGUUGCAAGAGACGUUGAAUGGUAUAUUACAAGAAAUUGAGCAUGAGGUAUCUCAAAAUCAACGUAGACGGAGGUUGAGUUUUAAUGGUGUUAAUAGUAAUGGUGGAUUUGUUGCCAAUGUAAGUACUCAUACGAGUACAAGCACAACUUCGAACGGUAAUACCAAUAUUACCAAUAACAGUGCUAGUGAUAGUAGUAUUAACAAUAAUAAUAAUACCGGUGUUGAUGUCGUUGCAAAUGGCAAUAAUGAUGAAAGAAGGACACCUUUCAAUUUGCAAAGGAGACCAAUAUUAAGAGUGUUUCUACGAAACCUAUUGGUUCUUGAUUAUUUUGUCUUAUUGUUGCUAUUCCCAUUUUCAAUGUAUAAUAUUUUAAGAAGUGGGUUUAGUUCGAUGACAUUUUCAGAGAAUGAUUUUAUUCAAGACAUGUUGGUAUACAUACGUCAUAUUCGAAUAUUUAGUGAUGAUGGCGCGUCUUUCAUGAUCUACAAGGAGGGAUCGUUGGGUUUAUUAGGAAAAUUUCAUAAUAUAGUGGUGUUUUACUCGUCGCCUUUGAUGAAACAGAUGUACCAUGAGAUUAUUACCACCGCUAAUGGGGCAACAAGUUCAGGUACUGGAGAUAAUUUUGUACAUAUAUUGAAAUGGAUAUUGUUGCAAAGUUAUAAAAUGUGGGUUAAGGGCACAACCGUGAUGAUAUAUUUCAUGUAUGGAUUUGGGGGAACGGUAUAUUUAUUUGCAGCCGGGUUUUUCUUUUUGCUCUGCUUUACCAUCGCUACAGUGCGCAGAUACAAAGGAAUGCAUCAAAUGAUAGGUCAGAGCCUUGACAGCUCGUCGAGCAUUCCUGGUCUGUUUUGA